GAAAUAAAAAACACCGGCGAUUUCUCGCAUUGUGUGCGGUUCAUAAUGAAAAACUAAAACGAAAUCAUGAGCCUCAGGUCUCCCAUGUUUUUUGCCGUGUGCGUAGUUUGAUUUGUAGUCGGUGCGGUUGUCAUGUAAACAGCGAUAUGCGGCUUUAAUCAAGGCUUUACUUUAGUCGUCUACGGACUGGCGCGCUUGCUGAUCACGUUGAAUCAGCCGCCACAUUUCACGCUUUCAUUGCGCGCGUGUUGAAGAUUCCACGCAGAUUCAUUGAAUCAGGGCAUAACAAAGCUGUGUCCGAAUAACAUUUGUGAAAGAAGCGAACAAUCAAAGUGUCAAUGUCAUGAAACCACACGAAUCUAAUGUGUAUUCAGUGAGUUUUAAACGAAUUUAAUGCAAAAACUCCAAAGAUUGUCCAUAGUAUUAUUAUUAAGAUGAAUUUUAUCGACGAGUUCAAGACAAACAUCUACAAUUUUGCAGUGGAAUACAUUGACAUCGAUUACUCACUAUGGUUGUCCUGGUUGUUAAUGCCACUGCUAAUCACGAUAUUAUUGCCUUUGAUAAUCGGCGUUUUGUUGUAUUUGUCUGCAUUGAUACUUUACAUCUAUAAACUGCAUUGGGUGGCAUUAAAAAGAACAAUUGACCUGCGAGAUGUGUGGAGUACUGCUAUUAAACUUAUUUCUGCCAUUUGGGAUGGCCAUGGAUGGAUAUGGCAUGGUUAUGAAGUAAAUGGUUUGGAUAAUAUUCCUAAAGACACUCCAGCUCUUCUAGUCUAUUAUCAUGGCUCAAUUCCAAUUGAUGCUUAUUAUCUAUGUGCCAAAACAUAUCUAUAUCACAACAGAUUGAUACGUACAGUUGCUGACAAGUUUCUAUUUAAAGUUCCAGGUUUUCCUAUUAUUGCUGAUGCAUGCAAAGUGAUACCUGGUACAAUUCAAUCAUGCUCAGCCAUUUUAAAAGAGAAUCAUCUUCUGGCAAUCUCACCAGGUGGUGUUUAUGAAGCACAGUUCAGUUCGAGCAGUACUUAUAAUAUUUUAUGGAAAAAGCGCUUGGGUUUUGCUAAAGUCGCUAUAGAUGCUAAAUGUCCAAUCAUUCCCGUAUUUACUGAAAAUAUCAAGGAAGCCUUUCGAAAUGCAAUGUUUGGAAGCCUCGGUAGGAAAUUUUAUUUGAAAUUGUAUACGUGGACGAAAUUUCCAUGUUCCUGGGCAUAUGGUGGGUUUCCUGUUAAACUUGUCACGCAUAUUGGGACACCGAUACCAUAUGAUCCAGCGUUAUCCCCAGAAGAAUUACAAAUUAAGAUAAUGACCGCACUGAAUGAUCUAAUCAUGAAGCACCAGCGAUUACCUGGUAGCAUAUCACAUGCUCUCUUAGACCGCAUCCCGUACUUUCGAAGAAAACACAAACAGAAACAAGAGGAGAAGCUGAAAAAUCUAUGACAUAUUAUAAAAGUAUAUAUUAUGUACGCAUUAUUGUAAGUUGUAAGCAAAAUGGUAUUGAGGACAUUCCCGAUGGUUCAUUAACUUAAUAUUUUGUGCAGUAUUUGAUUUUAGCAUAUUUAUGUAUGAAGCAAAGCAAAGCAAGUGUUUGUAAGAAAUAUUUUUGUAAUUUAUGAUGUAAAUAUCAUCAAGUGUAACUUAUGUUACUUGUGUUAUUUGCUAACAUCUCGUUUUACUUGACUAACACUAUUUAAGCAUACCAAGUCAAUAUUUUUUGUUGUUUUUUUUUUAAUUAUGUAUGUUUUAUUACUUUGGUGGCAUUUGUUUUGUAUAUAAUUUGUUUGAAGUA